AUGACACCGGAAAAGAACUGUUCCUCGGAAUAUGCGACAGUAGAGGAGUCGGCGGCGUCGGCGUUCUUGUCAACACGAGCGCCGACAUCAAACUAUGACGAAGAAGAAGUCGAAGAGUUCUAUAUGGACUUGGAGAAGUUCUAUAGAGAAGACCACACAUUCUUAAAGGUCAUCAUUGGAGAUUUCAACGCCAAGAUUGGACCAAGAAGAACGUCUGAAGAACGUCAUAUUGGAACCAAUGGAUUAAAAUGGAAUGAGCAGGGUGAACUACUCUCUGAGUUUAUCAUGGCGGCCAAGACCAUUCAUGGUAACUCGUAA